GUGUGGCCACGCUUUAAAGGCUUGGCAGAGAAACUUAAUUCCUUUCGCAUGCAGUUUCUACUCUUAACGUCUUAAACAGGAGAGAUGGACUACCAGGAACAGGUUGAAAAUGUUAUAUCCAGUGCGCAGCUCGGAGAUUUAAUCGAGUUCGCGUAUCCCAUUGGCUACUCACACUGGGGCGUGUACGAGGGAGAUGGAUACGUCGUGCACUUUGCUGUUGCUGAUGAAAGUAAGGUGAUGAGUAAAUUUCGGGGAUUUCUGCAGACCAUCUUCCCUGCUUGUGGUGAUCUUCUGCUGGGAGAAACUAAGAUACGGCGUCAGCUUCUGUCAGAAGUAAACGUACCUAAAGGAGCGAUUGUUUCAGUAAGCAAUAGCCAGCACGAUCUACAACCUUCACCUCCAGAAGAAAUCAGAGGAAGACUAAAUGGCUUAGUGAACAAGGAGUUCACUUACAAACUCCUCACUUUUAAUUGUGAACACUUUGCCACAUUUGUCCGCUCUGGAAAAGCUGUGUGCAAUCAGAUUCCAGGAAAAGAAAAAGACAAUGAAUGUGUGGAGGCUACAAAACUAUUUAGUCUCUUUGUGCCAGCAUGCUGACCUACUGAAUGCCAAAGUAGAGAUUAGCACAAAAAUAAUUUGUUUUAUUAUGAAUAUUUUACCACACAACUCAAAUGCUUCCAGAAUGUUUUUUUUUCUAUCUUUCCUAAUAUUCUUCUUCAAUGACACAAGAUGUCUUCAGUAUCGCUUGCAUUUUUUUGCCAGUUAGAUCUGUUGGCUGAUUUUAGGCACUUUGGAGAGAGUUUGCAGCUAAACAAUCUUUUUUAUUUCCAGAAAGAAUGUAAUCAAAUUGUAUGAAGAAUAGUUUUUUUCUGACUGUCCCUUUUCACUUUUUAAACUGGCAUGGCACAUAUCUUUACUUAUAUUUUCAACUGCAUACAGUACUUAUAUUUGUGUGUAUAGAGGUAGCCUCACUGUAAAACCCAAUAAGUGAAGGUUAAGGAAACUGAUUGCAACAAACCAUUUAAGUUUAAGAACUAAUCCUAAUGAGUACUGUGAACUAAAUCCAUUUGAGUAAACAAAGCAAUUUGAGCGCAGUAAACCCCAAUA